AUGAUCGCCUCUAUUCUCCCCAUCCACCAACAUGACGGGCCAGAGCUUGCCAGAGUUCACGCAGCUGCAAUGAAAACUGAUCAAUUCUGGCAGUUCAUGCUUCAGGGCAAACCGCCUUUCACCCAUGAACAGAUCAUGGUACGACAUAUCGGGUCCUGGAUCGCAGAUCCCACAGCACGCAUCUUGAAAGCCGUCAAUGAGGACGGGGCUAUCAUUGCAUGGGCAUGUUGGUUGACAAAGGAGAAACAGCCAAGCCCGGAUAAACCAGAGUCCAAGUCUAAUUUUUCACCCAAUGACAAUCCUGACAUAUCGCCCCCUGCUAUAGGCCAGCGGAUGCAAAUUGAUUCUGCGAAAUGGCAGGCUGAUUCAAGAUUAAGGCUGGACGAUAAAUAUAUUGUUCUUCAAGCUCUUGCGACGGACCCGCAGUACCAACGCCUGGGAAUAGGAUCCAAGCUUUUUGAAGAGGGAAUUGCGAAAGCUGAUGAGUUAAAUAUGGCUUGUUGGUGUCAGGCAUCACCUGCCGGGUCUCAGCUUUAUUCCAAAACGGGAUUCGAGACGCUGGGGAGCGAUGAGUAUGAUCUUGCGGAAUUUGGAAAAUAUAGGUUUCGGUACAUGAUUCGCCCGCGUCAACGUGAGAAUAAAGAUUGA